AUGGCUUUUGAUCCUCACACAUAUCAUUAUGAUUAUUACCCUGUUUACAGGAAGAUCAACUUUGAGAUACAAAAGGUUAAUGAAAGAGAUAUUAAUUAGCAUAAAUUGAAGUCCAAGUCACUGGCAGAUUUACAUACAGCUUUUGGAUUACUUAAUGAGAUGGACAGAUCGGUAAAGAAAACAACUUAACUCACCAACAAAACUUUCUUAGCAAAUGAAAUCGCCCAUGCUAAACUAAUGAAGUUAAAGCAAAAGCGAAUGUACGAGGAUGUUGACAAAUAAAAGCAUUUCAUUCGAUAUAAAAAUGAUUGGAUUUUCAGAGAAGAUGUUGGCUUAGAACCUCAUUAUGCAGGCUCAUACUUACCUCCUAUAAAUUUGCAACCUCCCAUUCUAUAUAACACUAUUGUAGAGCCAAACUGCUCACAUAGUUGCUUAGACAGAUUUUGCAAUGACUGCUAUCUGGAGAGAAAGGCUUUUGAACAUAAAGAGGAGUAUAAUCAAUUGAGUUAUGUUUCCUUGAAGGGAAAAGUUACCACACAAAGUAGAAUAAUUAAAUAGUAAUCGCAACAUGAUCUAUUGCCAGAUGAUAUUCCUUUAGCUAUUGAAUUAGAUAGAGAUGAUAUUGAUUUAGAGCCAUUGAUUCAUCAUGAAUACUCUAAUGAAAAUCAGUCAAGCAAAUAAUACUAGAACAGCCUUCCCAAGCUAAAAAGGAGUGUUAGAUAACCAUCUAUUAUCCGAGAAAAUCCUUACCCAACCACACUGAGAAGAGCUAGCUCCAGAUAAUUUAUUCAAGAACAGUAAAGGCUAUAAAAUUAAAUAGAGCUACAAAAGUACAAUAGAUCUAGGUCAUUCUUUGAGAUUAAAGAGCAUUUCCUCUACGAAAGACCCUCAGGCCAGUAAACCACUGCAUCAUCAGUUUCUAACAGACUCAGUCUGCGGGUAGAUUUUUCUGAAUUCUAAGUGUCUUCUCUUAAGAGACUAAAUGAGUUAUAUAAAAGAAUGAGUAAACCAUUAGAGCUCGACUAGUCUGAAAAUGUUGUGAAUUAUAAUUGGAUCGUUGAUGGUAUUUUGAAAAACUCGACACCUUAUGAGACUCAUAGAGACCAACACGCUAAUACAACGAGCAAUAGAGGUAGAAAGAAGCUUAUAGACAAAUAGUGGUCAUCAAUGAAGAUUAAAAGAGGUAGAAAGUCUUUUGCAUCAUUAGCAGCAGAAAGAAAACAAAGUUACUAAUCUUCUUCAAAUCUGAGAAGAGAGUAAUUUAGGAAAUAAAACGAGGAUCAAGAUUUUUACAGUUAGUGUUUAACCUCUAUGGACAAAUAGAAAUGCACAGUCAUCAAAAUACCAAGAACUACUUAGAAAAACAUGAAUUCUUGUGCUUAACUUUCUGCCAAUUACUAGCAUGAUUCGACAAGUCCAGACAUAGUCGAUAACUAAGCAUAGGAUUUAUCAACUAAUUUCCUUCAUCAUCAGUAAAAAGUGCAAAGCAGUGACAGUCUGCAAUAUCAUCACUACGAAAAUGAAGAUAAGAGUCUCAGUUAGACUAACAACAAUCCCUACAGCAACAAUAAUGAAUACUUAAUCCCACUGAGAAAUUAUCAUGAAUAUAGCUAUGAAAACAUAAGUUAAAAGCAAGUUGGAAAUGGGAUUGAGAGAAUGCUUUAUGACUUUGAUCAUCUUACUAAUACAAUACAACCAUUUAUCACUGACCAUAUUUAGCAACACAGCAAUGGCAUUGAGUAAAUUCAACACAAUAAUGAAUCUGAAAAUUACUAUGAUUAGCAGUCCCCGAUAACAGGAGCUAUUAAUAACUUUAUAUAUGGAUGUUAAGAUCCGUAGAAUGAGUAUUAAUUUGAGCAAACAUAGAAUAUUUAUCAAGAUUAGCUGCAUAAAAUAAGCAAUAGACAACAUGCUUUUGACAACAGUUCUAUAAAUCAAAAUCAGAUAAUGACUGAGGAUUAGUAGAUGGGUCAAGUUGUUUAUUCUAGCUAAAUUACAAAUUAAUUUAUACAACAGAGCUUUGAAUAAUCUCAUGUUCAAAGUCCUCCCUCAAAAUAGAAGCAUCAUAUAAAUUGA